CUAUUAUUCUAUAAAUACUGUGGGAAACUCCCACUCAAUAUCCCACCCAAUUAAGUAAGAUCAAAUUCAAGGGUACGUAACUUAAAUGGCAAUGAUGGGCAUGCAGUGGCCGUUUUCAACACCUUCGCCCUCCAUAAAAUCCGAACCACCAACACCUUUAAGCCCUCUGUCGAUGAUGACGAGCCCCAUGAAGAAGGCUUUUACAAGCAUGCAAGGCUACUUGGAAGAAAUAGGGCAUCUUACUAAACUGGAUCCUCAAGAAGCAUGGCUUCCCAUUACAGAAGCGAGGAAUGGUAAUGCGUGUUAUGCUGCCUUUCACACAUUAAGUUCCGGGAUCGGAGUUCAAGCCCUUGUUCUUCCCCUUGCCUUUACUUCCCUUGGCUGGAUUUGGGGAGUCACAUGUUUAACGUUGGUGUUUGUGUGGCAACUUUACACAUUGUGGUUACUCACUCAACUCCAUGAAUCCGUCCCCGGGACACGCUAUAGCAGAUACUUGUGGCUUUCAAUGGCGGCUUUCGGUGACAGACUAGGGAAAGUAAUGGCGCUGAUUCCAACUAUGUAUCUCUCUGGAGGAACUUGCGUGACCCUCAUUAUAUUCGGAGGAGGAACCUUAAAACUGCUUUUCCAGACAAUUUGGGAUGCGACAACGACAGAAUGGUACCUCGUAUUUAUGUGCUCUGCCAUCGUCCUGUCACAGCUUCCAAACCUCAAUUCCAUAGCUGGAGUUUCUCUAAUCGGUGCAAUCACUGCGGUAACUUACUGUACAUUAAUAUGGAUACUGUCCCUCACCAAAGGAAGGACGAUUGAUGAAUCAUUUCACCAGCUGGAAGCGAAAUCCAACAUGGCGAGAUUGUGUGACAUUCUUAAUGCGCUCGGAAUCAUUGCAUUUGCUUUUAGAGGCCAUAAUUUGGUGCUGGAGAUUCAGGGGACAAUGCCAUCUAGUCCAAAACACCCAUCUCAUCUGCCAAUGUGGAGAGGGGUAACAUUAUCCUAUCUUAUCAUAGCAUUUUGUUUGUUCCCACUAGCACUUGUAGGUUAUUGGGCUUAUGGAAACCUGAUACCUGCAAAUGGAGGAUUGCUUAGUGCCUUGUACAAAUAUCAUAGUCAGGACACAUCAAAGGUGAUUUUACGGAUGACAAGCCUGUUUGUGGUCAUCAACUGCCUCACCUCCUUCCAAAUAUACGCGAUGCCUGUUUUCGACAACCUGGAGUUCAGAUACACAAGCAACAUGAACAAGCCUUGUCCCUGGUGGUUGCGCAUAGGAUUUCGCGUGUUCUUCGGAUGCCUGGCAUUCUUCAUUGCAUUUGCGCUCCCAUUCCUUCCGAGCUUGGCUGGACUGAUAGGGGGAAUGGCCUUGCCAAUCACCUUGGCAUAUCCCUGUUUCAUGUGGAUAAUUCUUAAGAAACCUAAGAAACUUGGCGCAAUGUGGGUGCUCAACUGGGCUCUAGGUUUCAUGGGGAUGAUCCUCAGCGUAUUACUUGUUUUUGGAGCCAUUUGGAAUAUUGUGACAAAAGGGAUUGAGGUUCACUUUCUCAAACCCCAGUGAUCCCACCAUAUUUUGAAGACUCGGAAAUGCUGUUAAAGAGACUAAACUUAUUAACAUGUAAUUGCUUUACUAAAUAUAUCUAAAUCCAACUUUACACUUGCAGA